CUAUAUAUUUAUUACUCCCAAAGUAGUAUUAUUAUAGUUUUUACUAUCCUAUAUUAAACUUGCUAGCACAAGUUUAAUCUUGGACUCCGGAGCAAGUUCGUGUGGAUACGUUGGAGGCUUCAUACGUUUGGCGCUACGAUAUUGGCUUCCCAUCGAUGUUUGGAACUUACCCAUCGCUGGUAAGCCAAUUUUCCUUCAGUUUUGAAGCCAACGGUUACCUACCCAUCAAUGGGUACAAGCUUCCCAUCGCUGGGUGGGAGGUUGACUUCCAAACAAGGAAAGAAUCAACCUUAAAUGACUUCCAACGGUCAUGCCUUCCCAUCGAUGGUUUAGCCUUCCCAUCGCUGGGUUUCCAUCGAUGGGUAAAGCUUCCCAUCGCUGGAUUCUGCCAAGGAAGUUCAGGGGUGUUGGAUAGUCGAUUAUCAGUGAAGGAUAAUCGAUUAGCAGGGUUACCCGAGGUUUCAAUAUGGAAGGAUAUGGCUGGGGUUUGUAGGGAAGUUAUGGGAAGGAGUGAUAAGAUUCACUCCUCAGCUUUUGCUGAGCGUGUAGUUGUUUUUGCUACACGCAGAAUGAGCCAAGCAGCAGGCAACGAUAGACAGGCUGUCCCGCAUGGGGAGCCUGAGCACAUGAGUACCAUCAGUACCGGAAGCGUGUCAAGCGUUGACUCCAGUCGAACCUUCGUGCUCGGUAAGAGACGAAAGAAUAAGAGGCAAAGUUACGAAUCAAAAGAGCGCUAUCAACGUGCACACCGCAAGGCUCGGAUAGCAAAGCUAAGAAUCUGGAAACGCCGAAAGGCAGCAUGGGAAAGAGAUGAUCCAAAGGAAACGUUCAGUGUGGACUCUGCUAAUAGUAUCUGCGGCCCAGGUGGGGAUAAUCCUCCAGUGGACUCAGCCCGACCAGACGGGUGGGAGUGGGUUGCCUGCUAACUGGUGACAUAGUCGAAGCCGUAAUCAAUGCAACAUUUCGUCCCACCUAUCUAAACCAAAUAUGUUUCUUGAAUGAAUUCGUCAAUUGGUC